AUGAAGUCAAGUCUCAAGAAGAAUCAAAUAGUCUGGGCUAGAACAAAAGGACGUAAAUAUUUUAAUUAAUAUAUUUAGAUCCAUGGUGGCCUGGAACUGUAAUUAUUUUAUUUAUCUUAUUAAGAUUACCUAAGUAUUUGAUGGAAAUUAGUAUGCCAUUAAUUUCAUUGGUGAUGAUUCACAGUAAGGGUACAUUCACAAUAUAUAUAGCUCCAUAUUGAUGAAUGAUAAUCUUUUUGAUUUUCAAGAGAAAUUUGAAGAAUUCAACGAUAAAGUUAAAAAAAACAAAAAAUUGAAAGAAGCAAUACAAACUGCAUUAAAACUUUAAAGUAUUGCUUUUAUAAUUAUUAGAAAAAUAAAAUAAAAAGCAUAGUGAUAGUGAAUAAGAGGAUAAAAAGAAAAAUACAAAAAGCAAACUAAAUUUACGUAAAAAACCUGAGACUCCUAAUAAAGAAGUAUUUUAUAAUAUUAAUAAGAAUACAUCAAAAUCUCCUUUAUAAGAAACUCCUUAGAUGCAAUAAAAAAAAUAAUAUCUAGAUAGAGAAUUUUAAGAUUUAUUGUUAUUAUUGAUAGCUGCAUAAUUGAAUUACGAUUAAAUUAAAUAGAAAUUGACACCAAUUCUUGAUACUAUUGAAGCAUAAGUGGCUCAAAAUAGUACAAUUACUGAAGUCUUAUCUGAGAGGAAAGGUUCCAUCCUUAAUGCUGUCUAUUUAAUAUUGAAACAUUAAAGUGAAUAAAAUCCAGAUCACUUUUUUUAACGAGAUAUUCAUUAAUAAAUAACAAGAUUGCAUGAUUUAAUUAGUAAAUUAAAAAACUCAUUAUUAAAUCAAUUCUUCAAUGCAGCUAAUGUUAUUUAAAAUUUAUCAGGAAGUAAUUAAUUAAUUUAUACUAAUAUUUUAGGUUAAGUAUUCACAUCAAUAAUAAAUCAAGAUAAUUAAAAUGAUAAGAAACUAUAAUAAGUUUAAUAAAAACCAUAACAAAAAUAGAAUAUAGAGAAUCCAUCAUAAACAAAAAUACAAAAAAAGAAAAAUAAAAAUGAACAUAAAAUAUAGAACAAUUAAUGUAAUACUUAAAUUCCUGAGAAUAAUUCUGUUUAAAAUAAUAAUCCAUCUAAUUAAUAGAAAAAAGAAUAAAUUUCUAAUGAGGAAGCAAAAAUUGAAGAUAAGAAAAAUGUUAAUGAAUAAACUAAAAUAGUUAAAUAAGAUGUAGUUGUUUAGAAAAAAACAUAAAAAAAAAAUGAAAUACCAGAUUAAGCUUUAAGAAGAAAAGUUUGUCUGAAUAUGUUAGAAUUAGUUUAAUUGUUAGGGAUGGAAGAGGAAUAAGCUAAGAAAAUUACAAUAAAAAUUGAGAGUUUAGGGAGGGAAGCAGAUCCAUUAAUGAGAAAUAAGUAUGCUAAAUUGAUGUGGCAUUGCAUAGUUAAUUUAGAUGUAUAUGAUAGAUAAAUGUGAUUUUAGUGUAAAUUAUUAAAAAGAGAAGAGUUAUUGAAUUUGAUAGAUGAAAAUGCAGAUCAAAGUGAUGUUUGGACUAAAUUAACAUUAUAACCAUUAGAUAGAACAAGGAAAUUGAUUCAUAUAUGA